AUGGCUGGCUCUGGAGAUAACGGGGCACUUUUUCCAAUCUUCAUUCUGUCCACAAUUGCCAUACCUUUAGUACCUUAUACAAUACUGAAGUUAUUUCGUGGUUCCUCUAAGACGACAUCACAUAACCAUUGUGAGUGUUCACUUUGUUCUCAAUCUGGAAAGUACAGCAAAACAAUUUCUAGCAAGAAAUCCAGCUUUUUUACAUGCCAUAAUUUGAUGCUAAUACUUCUCUGGAUCUUUGUUGGGUUCCUUGUCUACUAUGUUAAGAAUUUGAGUCGCGAGAUUCAAGUUUUUGAACCAUUCUCUAUUCUUGGAUUGGAGCCUGGAGCUUCUGAGUCAGCAAUCAAGAAGGCAUAUCGUAGACUCUCAAUUCAAUACCACCCAGAUAAAAAUCCUGAUCCAGCUGCUAACAAGUAUUUUGUGGAGUAUAUAUCCAAGGCCUACCAAGCUCUGACUGAUCCCAUUUCUCGUGAGAAUUUUGAAAAAUAUGGGCAUCCAGAUGGAAGACAGGGAUUUGAAAUUGGCAUAGCUCUUCCUCAAUUUCUGCUAAAUAUGAAUGGGGAAUCAGGUGGAAUACUGUUGCUCUCAAUUGUUGGCCUUGUAAUAUUGUUGCCACUGGUGAUGGGUGUUAUAUAUCUAUCAAAAUCUUCAAAAUAUGCUGGCAAUAUCAAGCGUGAAACACUUGCUAGCUACUUUCAGUUGAUGAAGCCAAUGUUGGCCCUAAGAAAAGUUUUGGAAGUCUUUGUUGAGGCCGAUGAAUUAAAGAGUAUACCGAUCCGAAGGACUGAUGAAGAACCCAUUCAGAAUCUCUUCAAGAUUGUAAGAAAUGAAUUGAUCCUGGAAAAUAAGAACACGAAACAGGAAGAGGCGAAAUUUUGGAAGCAGCACCCAGCAAUAGUUAAGACUCAAUUGUUAUUGCAAGCGCACCUGAAUAGGGAGACAGCAACUUUGACUUCAGAUUUGCUUAGUGACUUCAAUUAUGUGCUGCAACUGGCACCUCGGCUACUCGAUGAACUAAUGAAGAUGGCGAUCAUACCUCGCAAUAACAAGGGGCAUGGCUGGCUUCGGCCUGCGAUUGGGGUUGUUGAGCUAUCACAGUGCAUUACUCAGGCUGUUCGACUUAGUGCAAGAAAGGCAUCUGGAGGGUCCACUGAGGGCAUUGCUCCUUUUCUGCAACUUCCACACUUCAAAGAGGCUGUUGCUGAGAAGCUUGCAAGCAAGAAAAUAUCAUUCCGGGAGCUUCAGGAUAUGACUGUUCAAGAACGUGACAAAUUGCUUACAGAGACGGCUGGUUUAUCAGAUACACAAGUACAAGAUGUGGAGAAGGUUCUGGGAUUUAUCCCCUGUACCACUUUGGAAGUUACUUGUGAGACUGAGGGGGAGGAGGGAAUACAAGAUGGUGACAUAGUCACUUUGCAAUCGUGGGUACAAUUUAAGCGCGGUAAUGGCUUGAUUAAGGCGUUCCCACAUGCGCCUUAUUAUCCGUUCCCCAAAGAAGAAAACUUUUGGUUUUUGCUAGCUGACUCGAAUUCAAAUAGUGUGUGGUUUUCACAAAAGGUCAAUAUUAUGGAUGAAGCUGCAGCUGUAAGUGCUGCUUCGCAAGCAAUAGAGGAGAAAAUGGAAGUCCUUGGAGCAACAGGUGAAGAAACUCGUGCCCGUGUAAAAGAAGCAGUUGAUAGAGUUAAGAGCGGUUCCCUCCUUGUCACGGGCAAAUUCUUGGCCCCAACUGAAGGAACAUACAACUUGACAUGUUAUUUGCUCAGUGACUCCUGGCUAGGCUGUGACAGGACGAUGAGCUUAAAAGUAAAAGUCCUGAGACGCAGCAGAACUGCAUCUGGAACUCGAAGAGGUCAUGCUAUGGAGGAAGAAACUGUUAUGGAAGAUGAGAGUGAAGAGGAAGAAGAUGAGAUUGAAGAAGAAAAUGGUGAAUAUGAGAGCGAAUACAGUGAAGACGAAGAAGAUGAACCGGAGGCGAGUAAAAAGAACGUGGAGGUUAGUAAAAAGAACGCCACAAAGGGGUCUUCAGGCGGGAAGGCAAAGCAGGAGAAGAAGGGAUCUAACCAAGGACCUGGUCGUAAGAAGGGCCGGUAG